CGGCAGGCCGAGGUCGACCUCAAGUACGGCAACUACACUCCAGUUGCUUCGUCCUCUGGCUGGUUGACCGCCGGUGCUAGGUGAGUGUGAGUGCCACCUGGGAGACAUCAUCUCCGCCGCCGCCACCACUGCCAGGUACAGGAUGGGGUGCCGCUUUAGUCGUGAGAAUUGCUGCUACUCCCUCACCUGCUGCUUCUGUAAGCCGACCAGGUCAGCCUGCUACUGGAUCGGUGGAGUGUGUCUGACGUGGGGCGCUUUCUCCACUCUGGUGGACUUCAUCAGUGCGAACCUUCCCAACGAGUACUGUGCAAGGUGCCUCGACUACACACUCAAUGCUCAGCUGAGCUACGCUAGUGGUAUCAUCAGUGCUGUACAGUGGUUCGUGAGUGUCCUCCUCAUCCACGGUGCCAGGAAGAAGAUCCGGUGGUUGCUGCUGCCGUGGUUGGCGUGGGCUGUGUUGUACCUGGCAAUGCAGCUGUUGUGGGUGGUCAUCAAGCUCCCCUUCUUCCCCACCAUCCGCGGCUUCGCUGCCUUCUUCCACCUCGUCUGGGGCAUCCACUACUUCAUCGUGGUCAAGACCCAUUACACCAAGAUGGCAUUGAGCUUCACACCGCCGGAGGAGCCUCCGAGCGCUGUGCCGCCCAACACACCCACCAGGAAGCACAAGCGACGCAAGCGGCGAGUCAACCCCGCCAUGCAACCCGUCAUCCGCACGCUGCUGGGGGUGGCCACCAACCUCCAGUGUAAGGUUGACCACUUCAAGAGGCAGGGCUACGACGAAGAGGCAGAAAUCGAAGUCGUUCUGAAGAGGUGGAGUACUGUAGUGGACCAGCAGAGAGAGAGACCACUAAGACAGGGCCCAGGUGAUGGUAAAGAAGUAGAAAUAGAAAACCUCGGUGAAAAUAACCUUGGUUAUUGUGGGACUGUGGAGAGGAAUGAAGACAAAGAUCCUGGGGAGGGAGGGGGUCUUACAUCAAGUGGCAGGGAGAGAGAGAAACUAGGAACCAGGAUGACAAGAUCUGCCUCCCCUGGGAGAGGGGAAGAGCAGGGCUGUCUGGCAGACGAAGCAGGUAAAUCAAGGGACCCUUCACACAGACACACGAAGAACAGAGCUAAGAGGAGGAAGAAGAGGGAGAGAAGAAGAGUGGAAAGUGAGACAGAGGGAGAUGAUGGGCAUAUUAAGCGUCGUCGGAGGAAGGAAACCACCACGACAGCAAUGAGAAAUGCUCCUUGCGGUGCUGAUGCCUACGUCGUCCUGGAGAUGGUGAGUGCUGUCACUGGCAACCAGAACCAGGAGCUGAUGCACAGUGGAGUCUGCAUCACGAAGAAGGAGAACCAUGGUGUGAGACAGCGAGGAGUGAGGACAACACCUCCUGCUGGUGAGGACGUGGAUGGCGGGGCGCACGUUGAGGCUGCAUUUUCAUCUGUGACUCUUUCCGGGACACAGGUGCUCUGGGAAAGCCACGUUCCUGACACUCCGAAGGAGCAGCAGCAGCAGCAAACCACAGUGGAGGACCAGGCGUAUCACUGUUCCAUAGUAGAGGAACAGGUGCAACUGCAGCCUUCCUCACCAGAAAAAGUGCAGCAGCCUCCUCCCUCACUGAAGGAGAAGGUGCUACAACACUCUUUCUCAUUGGAGGAGCAGAAGAAACACUCUCCUUCACUGGAGCAACAGGCUGACUCUUCCCUAUUACUAGCAGACGUGUCCCUCCCUCCCAUGUUACUGAGUACUGACCCAGCGCAACCGCUCAGCCCUCCUACAGGUUCUUCACCAACCACUGAGCUCUCCUUGGGCACCCGGACAUCACCAGCACAUACAGAACCUUUACCAUCGAAAUACAAACCUAGAGACGCGGUCUUAGCAGCUGCAGAACCCGGAAACCCAUCAGUAUUAGAUAUAGAGCCCAGAGCCCCAUCACUAUCAGAUGUAGAGCCCAGAGAACCAUCACUAUCAGAUGUAGAGCUCAACGACCCAUCACUAUCAAAUGUAGAGCCCAAAGACCCACCACUAUCAGAUAUAGAGCCCAGAGACCCAUCACUAUCAGAUGUAGAGCCCAGGGCUCCGUCACCGUCACGGGGAAUAUCCUCGGGUCUUUCACCAUCAAAUGAGAUAUACAGUGACUCGUCACAGGAACAUGAAACGUUCAAGGAACCAUCAUCACAAAGACCUAGAGGUCCAUAUCCACCAAGCCUCCCUGCGAACGUAUUUCCAUCACCAAGCCUCCCUGCGAACCUAUUGCCAUCACCAAGCCUCCCAUUUCUAUCACCAAGUCUCCCUGCGACUCCAUCUCAUUCAGCAAGUGCCCCCACGAGUCUAUCCCCGUCUCCAAGAUUGUCUAGGGAGCAAGCAGAGAGGAGGUUGCUCCUCGGGCCCUCCUCGUUUCUGGCACUGGAGGGGACAGAGUGCAUGGAGAACCUGGACCACUUCGAGGAGGUCCACGGCAGCCUAAGGUGCGUAAAAGUGGAGGCGGAGGGAGAGCUUCCCGCUGAUGUACGUGGCGACCUUCCUGACAGGAGCUAUGCAAGGAGACAAUCCUACAAGAUCGCUGUUUCCUGUGAUAUACUCGAUGUUGGAAAUGAUCCAAGUGUUGUGUAAAGUUUGUAUAUACGGACAACAGAGAUGCUUGACAAGUGCCAGGAAUGGUAUAUACGGACAAGAGGUGCUAGACGAGUACCAAAUAUGGUAUUUACGAAUAAGGAGGUGCUAGACAAGUGCCACUAUUGUAUAUACGGACAAGGAGGUGCUAGACAAUUGUCAUAAUAACAAUACAUUAGCUAUUUUUGCAUCAAAGUUUGGAAUGAGUGUGGACAGUGGUAUCAGUAUUGAAAUUUUCUUUUGUUUUAGUGAGUUGUAAUAGUUAUCAUUACGAUAAUAAUAUACAGUACCAUCAAGGUGGUGAGAAAAACAAAUAUAUAACACCUGGGUAUCUUUGUUGAUGAAUAAGACACAUGUACGACACUUGGGUAUCUUUGUUGAUGAAUAAGACACAUGUACGACACCUGGGUAUCUUUGUUGAUGAAUAAGACACAUGUACGACACUUGGGUAUCUUUGUUGAUGAAUAAGACACAUGUACGACACCUGGGUAUCUUUGUUGAUGAAUAAGACACAUGUACGACACCUGGGUAUCUUUGUUGAUGAAUAAGACACAUGUACGACACUUGGGUAUCUUUGUUGAUGAAUAAGACACAUGUACGA